AUGUGGUCUGACGGGACCUUGCAUGCGGUGGAGCUUGUCCCACCGGGCCACCCCGGCGAAUGUUACUCUGCGACUGAUUGCCCGCUGCUGCAGUAUGCCCACAAGGUGUCCAUGGAAGAGGUGGCAGCCUUUGACGCCUGGGCGCCACUGGCCGUGCAGCAUGCACUGCGGACCACGGUGAACAACCUGGUCGGCAACCUCCCCUCCUCCUCCUUUGACGUCAUCAUCCGCACCAGCGCCCCCAAGAUGGCGCUCCUGCUCUUCAGCACCCUCAUGACAGGCUACAUGUACCACGGCGCGUGGCAGAGGCUGUGCCUGAACGAGCGGCUGGGGGCAGGGUCCCCCAUCGUGGCCCCCCACCACCGCACCCUGAUGGACAGUCUGGGGGUGACGGGAGAGGUGCUGCGCUGGCACCUGGCGGCGGGGCGCGAGAGCAUGCCUGCCAGCGAGUACAUCCGCCAGCUGGAGCGGGAGGCCAGCCCCGCCGCGCUGCAGGCCAUGACUGGCGUGGUGCAGCGCUCCAUGGGCGAGAGCGGGGGCCGGGGCGGGAGCUGGCGCUCGGGCACGCGCGACUGCGUGGCCGCUGAGUUGGCUGAGCAGCUCUACUGGCUGGCGAUCGUGGGCUGGCAGCUGCGGGCCCUGGAGUUUGACGCCAGGAGGGGGGCCGCGGAUGCCGGCGGGGAGGAGAGCGCGGAGCGGCCCUGA